UGUGUAUGCGCUGUGCUACCCGCGGAGCUCACAGCGGCUGGCACUGCGUGCGUCGGAACGGACCUGUUUGGACGGUUGGUGCUUUCUGACUGCGAGCGGACACCAGCUGACGCCGGCCAGCAUGCAGUCGGAGUCGGGCAUCGUGCCCGACUUUGAAGUGGGUGAGGACUUUAGCGAGGAGCCAAAAACCUACUACGAGCUGAAGAGUCAGCCGCUGCACGGCAGUAACCCUCUGGAGCAGCAGUGCACCUCCUCUCGUCCUCCGCUGGGUUUGUCCUCGUCAGCCUUGACCUCGCGGAUCCUCCUCCGUCAGCAGCUGAUGCGCGAGCAGCUCCAGGAGCAGGAGAGACGUGAGGAGCAGCGUCGGCGUCACCAGGCCUCGCCCUACGCCCAGGCCUCGCCCGUCCACAGCCCAGCCGUCAACGUCAGCUCUACUGGCAGCCUGCUCAGCGCCGCCCAGGUGCCCAUGGAGGUGCUGAGGGUCAAAACCCACCUAGAGAACCCUACUAAGUACCACAUCCAGCAGGCUCAGAGGCAGCAGGUCAGGGCGUACCUGUCCACCACGCUAGGGGGCAGCCUUGGUUCCCAGGCGGUUGGUUUGCCGUGCCCCGCCCAGACCUCUGACCACGGGGGAAUGCCUCCUGGACUGGGCAGCAGUGCCCCCAACAGCCCUAUGGCCUUACUGACACUCAACUCCAGCUGCGAGAAAGAGAUGGAUGACGUCAUUGAUGACAUCAUUAGUUUGGAAUCGAGCUAUAGCGAGGAUAUGCUCGGCCUGUCCAUAGAACCGGGGCUUCAGAUGGCUAACACGAUCCCAGUUUCGGCAAACCUCAUGGAUGUGUACAGUAACCACGGCAUGGGUCCCCAUAGUAACCACGGCAUGGGUCCCCAUAGUAACCACGGCAUGGGUCCCCACAGUAACCACGGCAUGGGUCCCCAUAGUCUGACCAUCAGCAGCUCCUGUCCUGCCAACAUGCCCAACAUUAAAAGGGAAUUCUCUGUUCCGCCGUCUUCUGCCGUGGUGCACAUGAUGGAGAAGCCGGAGUCUUGUGGCAAGUUUGAAAACUAUCAAAGAUCUGAAGGGUUUCCAGUGGAGGCAGAAGUUCGUGCUCUUGCAAAGGAGCGGCAAAAAAAAGACAACCACAACCUAAUUGAGAGGAGACGGCGAUUCAACAUCAACGAUCGGAUCAAAGAGCUGGGAACUCUCAUCCCCAAAUCAAACGACCCGGACAUGCGUUGGAACAAGGGCACAAUUCUUAAGGCCUCUGUGGACUACAUUAGGAAACUCCAGCGAGAGCAGCAACAUGCCAGAGACCUGGAGACCCGGCAGAAGAAGCUCGAAAAUGCCAAUAGGCACCUGAUGUUGCGGAUACAGGCCCUGGAGAUGCAGGCCCAAGCUCACGGACUGGCAGUCUCCUCCUCCACCCUCGGCUCUCCGGAGCUGCCAGCCCGGCCCAUCAAACAGGAGCCCGUCCUGGGAGACUGCACCCAGGACGUGUACCUCCACCCGCGACCCUCCGGCACAGACACGGGCUACUCCAGCACUUUGGACCUCAAUGACGGCACCGUCACCUUCAGCAACGGUGUCGCUAGUAGUGCCGCUUCCUCCGACCCACGUGCCUAUGGGGUCAUCACCAAGGCGACGAAUGCCAAGCGGGACGACAUGCUGAUGGAUGAGACACUGUCGCCGGUAGCAAUGAGCGACCCGGUGAUGUCCUCCAUCUCCCCCGGGGCAUCCAAGGACAGCAGCCGUAAGAGCAGCGUUAGCAUGGAAGAGACGGAGCACGGCUGUUAGCAUCUCCGCGCUACCAUAGUUGGACUCAGCCUGACGUUCAGCUAGCGUCCACAGAAGCACUGUGCUCUUUCUAAGAGCCACCUAACGCCCUUUCUAUGUUUACAGUCAUUUUAUUUUAUAAUUCUAGUUUAACCAAAUCCCAUUGUUUGAUGCCACUUUUUAAAUGUUUAUUUGUUAAGGAACGGAAGCUGGCUUGUAUUUAAUCUCAAUCAAGGUCAGUAUUGUUUAGAUAGCACUAGGCAGAUUAUGCAGAGUGUAAAAUUAUAUUCCAGUUUAAACAAACCAUGUAGUGAAUUAUGAAAGUGAGUAAAUAACAAGGAGAAAGCGAUUUCCCUUGUGUUAUUUAGACACGUACCUGAUCAAAUUUGUGAGAAAGCUUGACAAACGCUGAGCCAGAGAGUAAGAGCCUGGAGACUUAGAAUCGACAUGGUACAGGUUUGAAACAGCCAUUUCAAAGCCACUUCGUGCCCAGGUCACUUCCUGUCCUGUUUAGUGGCAGCACAGAAUAAUGUAUAGACAAAGUGCAAGUAAACAUUUGAUGGAGGGUAACUGUAUUUGUAGUUAUCUGCAGUACUUGUGCGAUUCUCCACUCUUGCCUGGCCUUUGUUUGACUUUUUCUAAUGGUUAAAUUAUUAGUUGCUGUGAUGUUUAGUUUGAGACCCUCACCUCUUCCCAGUUUUUGCUUUUGGGAAUAUUGUGAGGGAAAUGGUGAUUGGUGAUCUGGGAUUUAUAUAUGGGAUUUUAUUUAUUUAUCACUUUGUCAAAAAAUAUUGAAUGUCCAAGCUUUGAAAAUCCAGCAGUGAAAGAACAAAUGAUGCUUUUUUUUUGUAUUCUAACAAAACGUUUUUCAGGGGAGUGGUGUCACCUGCUUACAUUUGGUGUUACGUGACUAAUAGUCAAGAUGUUACAUGACUUUUGUGACAUAUAAGCUGUAUAAUUACUGUAUAUUUUGACUGUUCAUUAAUGUACAACUGUAGCAGAAACACUCUGAUGUAUUUGGGUGUAAACAACUUUACCCUUGUACCUGGUGCCACUACGCUGAUCAGAUAAGCCGAGCUAUGAUUUAUCUUGCCAUGUGGAACUAUGCAAAAGAAUUACGUUGAAGCGAUACUCGGUAG